AUGGGAAGCAAAGCUCCCACUUCAGAGCCUGCAGAGGGGCAGGCGCAGAUCCAGAGCGAUCCAAGACCUGCAGGAGGCGGCUGUGGCCGUCCCAGACAUCCACUUCUAGCUGGAGACAUGAGGUCUCCAGCCCUGCCCGUCCUCUUCCUCAUCCUGCACCUCACAGCUGGGGUAUCUGCAGAAAUGUAAGCCCCCCUGUACGUGGUGACGGCCCCAGCUGUGAUGUACCACCCCUACUCCUCCACGCUCUGGGUCCAUCUCAGCGACCUCAGCGAGCCCCUCCAGGUGACCAUCGAGCUGCUGGGAGCGCAUAGAACCCACCCCAUCACCCUGCUGAAGAGGGAGGUCCAGCAGCCUCAGAUGCACCUGAACUUCACCUUCCCUGCUCCAGCUCCCAUCAGUGGGAAGGAAGAAGAUCUAGACCUGCACAUCUCAAUCCAAGGAGAUUCCCUGAAUGUGUCUGAGAAGAAGGAGGUGAAGCUGAAAACCCUGGGCCCUGGGAUCUUCAUACAGACAGACAAACCUAUCUACAAGCCUGGACAGCAAGUGAAGUUUCGAGUUGUCUCUUUGGAUAAAGACUUGAUUCCCAGCAAUCAGCAGCUGCCCCUGGUGUUCCUGGAGGAUCCCAGCGGGAAUCGCAUCGCGCAGUGGCGGGACCUGAGCCCUCGGCAGGGAAUCGUGGACUUGUCCCUCCCCCUGGCUGCUGAGCCAGCCCUGGGCACCUACACCAUCCACGUGGGGAGGAAGACCCACUCUUUCAGCGUGGAAGAAUAUGUGCUGCCCAAGUUUGAAGUGACCAUCGAUCUCCCCAGCGUGGUACUGGAGAAGGACCAGAAGUUCCAGAUGGAGAUUUGCGGACGGUACACCUACGGGAAGCCCGUCCAGGGCAAGGUCCAGGCCAGCUUGUGCUACAGCGACCAGCCCUGGCUUCACCUCUUUAGAGAGAUGAGAUGCACCAACAUUAGUGGGCAGACUGAGAAGAACGGCUGCUUUUCCACAGAGGUUUUGUUGUCUGUCAUCAACAUGACCCACUUGAAGAACAAGAAGCAGCUUGAAGUCCAGGCAUCGCUGGUGGAGGAUGGGACGGGGCUGGAGAUGAAAAACACCAAGAGCUGUGAGAUUUCACCUGAGAGCUUCACCGUCACGUUUGAAGACCCCAGUGAAGUCUACAAGCCCGGCAUCCCCUACAGCGGGACGAUGCUGCUGAAGGGAGCUGAUGGCACCGGGGUGCCGCAGGGGCGGCUCGUGCUCUCUGUCAACAUCAAGGGAAAAGAUGACCAGAUACACACCAUCCCGACAGACGGGUCAGGGAGAGCCUCCUUCAAACUGAACACCUCUGGCUGGAGUGGCCAUGUCUUCCUGAAGGGCCAGGUCGACAGGACACCUCACAACCAGAAGAGUGACUCAACAAUCUCCUACACUGGUGCCACUCUGAGACUCAAGCCCUUCUUCUCGGAGAGCGGGAGCUUCCUGGAGAUCCGCCAGCUGGAGAGCGACCUGCCCUGCUGGAAGCCCCAGCAGCUCUGGGCAGACUUCAUCUUCAGCAAGGAGGCCUUAGGGGCUGAGCUGAAGAGCCUGGAUGCGGUUGUCUUGGUCCUGGCCAAGGGGACCAUUGCCACAGUCCUCAGGAAAGAGCUGUCUGCAGAGGCUGGGCUCAGAGGCUCCUUCUCCCUGGAGCUGCCCAUCGGUGUGGAGCUGGCACCCGAGGGCAAGGCACUGUGCUACGUGGUGCUGCCCAACGGCGAGAUGGUGGCCGACAGCAUCGAGCUCGAGAUGGCCAAGUGCCUCCCCAGCAAGGUGAAGAUGGCAUUUUCGGAGGACAGGGCUCUGCCUGGCACGGCGCUGCAGCUGGCACUGGGGGCCGCCCCGGGGUCCCUGUGUGCCAUCCGUGCCGUGGACCGCAGCGUGCUGCUCCUGAAGCCCGAGGCUGAGCUCACCGCAGAGGUGAUCUACGAAGCGCUGCCCCAGUUCAAACCCCUUCGCAUUUGGGAACCAUCACCCUGUAUGUUUUUUGACGUCCUUUCCUUCCGUAUGGAGACCUCCAAGUUAUUUCAGGACGCAGCACUGAAGCUCUUCACCAAUGCCAAGAUCAGGAAGGAUUGUCCACAAAGCCCCAUCCUGCUUGGGACGCCGAAUCUCAUAAUGCUCAGAGCUGAACUCCCUGAGAGAAACCUAGAGGACAUCCCAGUAGCUGCGAGCAGGCCCAGCCCAAACACUGACAACCAGGAGAAGCCACCAGCACCCCGCACGUAUUUCCCAGAGACGUGGCUGUGGGACCUGGUCCCUGUGGGGGAGGGUGGCUCCGCCGAGAUGACGGUGACAGUGCCCGAUGCCAUCACCGAGUGGAAAGCUGGCAUGUUCUGCAUGUCCCCACAGGGGCUGGGGCUGUCCCCUGCCAUCACCCUGACGGCCUUCAAGCCGUUCUUCGUGGAGCUGGUGCUGCCCUACGCCGUGGUGCGCCAUGAAGCCUUCACCCUGGUGGCCACCGUCUUCAACUACCUGCGGCAGUGCCUGAGGGUCCAGGUGUCGCUGGCGGAGUCGGCAGGGCUGGAGGUGUCGGCGGGCGCAGAGGAAACGUACGGGGGCUGUGUCUGUGCCGACGAAGUGAGGACCUUCCGCUGGGGCGUGAAGGCCACCAGCCUGGGGAGGGUGAACAUCACCGUCAGCACCGAGGCCCUCAGCUCCACGGAGCUCUGUGGCAACGAGCUGCCUGUGGUGCCGGCGCAGGGGCACAUGGACACCGUGAUAAAGUCCUUGCUGGUGAAGCCCGGGGGGAUCCUGGUGGAGAAGGCACACAACUCCCUGCUCUGCCACGAAGAUUCUGAAGAAGUCUCCCUAGAGCUUCCUGCAAACAUCCUGGAGGGCUCCCAGCGAGCCCAUGUCACUGUGCUGGGUGACAUCAUGGGCAAUGCCAUGCAGAACCUGGACAGCCUCCUGGCCAUGCCCUACGGCUGUGGGGAGCAGAACAUGGUUCGCUUCGCCCCCAACAUCUACAUCCAGCAGUACCUGGAGAAGAGCGGGCAGCUGCUCCCCGACGUCCGCGCCAAGGCUCAGGGCUUCCUGCAGCGCGGGUACCAGCGGGAGCUGCAGUACAAACACGACGACGGCUCGUACAGCGCCUUCGGGAAGAGCGAUGGCACGGGCAACACCUGGCUGACGGCCUUUGUGCUCAAGUCCUUUGGACAAGCCCGAGCCUACGUGGCCAUCGAGGAGCGGCACAUCACGGACGCGCUGAAGUGGCUGCAGCGGCAGCAGCGGCCCACGGGCUGCUUCCAGAGCGUGGGCAAGCUCUUCAACAAUGCACUGAAGGGGGGGGUCUCGGAUGAGCUCUCGCUGUCGGCUUAUGUGACGGCUGCGAUGCUGGAGCUGGGGCUGCCACCGCUGGAGCCAAUGGUGAGCUCAGCUCUGGAGUGCCUGAAGGCUUCGGCCACAGAUGACCCCUACACCCAGGCCCUGCUCGCCUACGUCUUCGGGCUGGCGGGGCUGAGGGAGCAGCAGCGAGCGCAGCUGCAGCAGCUGGCCCAGCACAGCGUCAGCACAGAGGGGCAGCUCUACUGGCAGAGGAAGGGCCAGGCCGUGCCCACCUCGGAGCCCUCCUGGGCCGCGGCGGCGCCGGCCGAGGUGGAGAUGACGGCCUAUGCCCUGCUGGCCCACCUGAGCCAGCCCCGCGUGUCCUCCGCCGACCUGGCCACCGCGUCCCAGAUCGUCCGCUGGCUCUGCAAGCAGCAGAACCCCUACGGGGGCUUCGCCUCCACGCAGGACACCGUGGUGGCCCUGCAAGCCCUGGCCAAAUACGCCGCCCUGACAUUCGGCAGCAGCAGCGGGGACUCCCGGCUGGCGGUGGCGGUGACAUCCCCGGCGGGCACGGUGUGGGACUUCGUGCUGGAGCGCAGCAACCGGCUGGUGCUGCAGCGAGCGGCCCUGGCGGAGCUGCCGGGGUCCUACGGGCUGCGAGCCCGCGGGGAGGGCUGCGCCCUGGUGCAGGUGACCCUGCGCUAUAACGUGCCCCCCCCUCCGAGCCCGGGGGCGUUCGAGCUCCGCGUGGUGACGGAGCCCCUGCCCCAGCUCGCUGCGCAGAACCCCGGCAAGAGCUUUGUCCUCCACCUGCGGGCGCGGUACACCGGGACACGUCCUGCCACCAACAUGGUUGUCAUCGAGGCCAAGCUGCCGUCUGGCUACAGCCCUGACAAGAGCUCCGUGGUGGAGCUGAAGAGGCAGAACCUGGUGAAGAAGGUGGAGGUGGAGCCUGACCAGGUGACGAUUUACCUGGACCAGCUGACUAAAGACGAGGAGACCUUCUCCUUCAGAGCCAAGCAGGACUUCCCAGUGAAGAACCUCCAGCCAGCCACUGUGACACUGUACGACUACUACGAGACAGGUGACCGCGUGGAUGUUUCCUACAGCGCACCUUUCAGCUCAGAUGAGGAGCAGGAAAACUUCUAG